AUUUCGAAUUUAGUAAAUACUUAAACAAAAUUAAAAAAAAAACACGAAAGAGUCUUACUUACGUAAGUUCAAGUAGUCAACCAGUUAUUUAAAGUAAAAAAGAGGCCAAUCUCAAUAAGAAAGUGUCGUUGUAGACCAUAUAGAGAUCUAUGGCACGAUAAUACAGACUCGUGAGACAUAGUGUGACUCCAGCAAAGCUGAUAACGUCAACUUUUCACUCAUGACGUAACUUAGUUGAUAUGUACUGCCAUGACGUUAAUCAAAUUGAAACGUAUUUUUAGGGCUGUACAGUACAAAUUAGAUUAACGAAAAAUCUGAUUCGAAAUAAUACCAAAAAGUCAUGAAAAAAUAAAUAACAAAACACCUUUCUGUAUUAACGCAAAAACAUUAUUACUUCAAAUAACAAAACGAAUAUUAAAAUCCUUGUUCAUUACAUGAGAGUAUGAUUUAUACCCGAACACGACCUUCGUACAAAAUAUCCACCCUGUAUAUGGUAUAAAGCGGUAACUGGCUUUUGAACUUUUUCCUCCGCUGGGAAAGGAUUCGGUACGAAGUGUUCGCGGUGCGCUUUAGCUUAUUUUAUUUCGCUAACUCUAUAAAUGACUUUGAAUAUUUUUGGAUGCAAAUACUUUUACGUGCGGGUUUCAGCGCUUUUUAAGCCUGUUGUUUCUUUUUCUCUUUGUUUUGCUGCAUGUUUUAGAAGUGAAUUGUAGGUGUUUAGAAUUUUUAUAUGGUUAGAAUACUGAUUUCUGAAACUGGUAUUUUUGUUCGGUUGAUAUAACUGUAUAGACGAGUUUUGUUUAGGCAAAUCAUAAAAAAAGAAAUUCGUUUAAUCACAUAAUCAUAAUAAUGAAAACACAAAAAUUUAUCAACAUAAACUCUGUUGUUUAACAUCAGCGUUAAAGCACAUCUUCAUACAGACUGCAUCUUAAAUCACAAUACACAUCCCGUAGGUACACAAUAAGCUCAUCCACAAACACGUGCUCAGAAACUCAAAGCCAGCGCUAAGUUAAGGACGCCUCAAGCAUCGGAAUGAUGGCGAUGAUUACCCUAUUCAGUUAGAAAUAACAUGUUGUCGUCGGCGGGAGUUUAAUAUGAGCGCCAUAUGUAUGAUGCAUUAUGAGAUUUGUUGCUUAUCUUGUUCCUAUUUAUGUAAACAUGUGGGAUGUUGUUCCCUCGCUAAAGUGAUACUUUCGCCCAGUAGUUUAUUUCCUCGUUAAUAAUAUCAAAGAUUUCCAGCCAUAAUUUUUCUGAUUUUUGGUUUCUUACAGUUAUUUUCGCGUCGUUACUACAAUUAAUACACCAAAUAUGUGAGUGAUAAUAGUGUUAAGUAAUAUAAAUGACCAUUGAAAAUGUUAGCUUGUGUGUGUCAACCAACUGAGACGGCGUUACUGUUUAAAGGAGGUCCACCUGUUGCUAUGGGACCACUUGGUACUCAUAAAAUAAGACAUAAUCCUGCUGACGCAAUGAAAGCCAUCAAACUACUCCCAGCUACUGUUCGCCGCUCCAGCGAUGAGUUAAAAGAUAGUUCUCCAUUGCAUAACUCGUCGCCUACUCUCAUAAACUCAUCCGGAAGCUUACUGAAUUUAAGGAAAAUUGAGCGAAAGGCUAAAUCAACGAAAAUCCUAGUUAACCCCGUCUGUUCCGACAGCGUCGGCACAAGCGAUGAUAGCAAUCGAUCUAAAAAUGUCAACUCCAAGUGGAAUGGCAAGAAAAAACGCCUUAAGUCAGAGAGUGCCGCAAAGAACCACAAGAAAGACGAACGCAAACGUGAUAAAAAUGAUCCAAUUAGUAGGGGUGAAGUAAAAGAAGAUAAGAAAUCGAUAUCUUGUUUCAAAAUAAAAAGUUCCGAAGAUAAAUCACGUUCUGCCGAAGACCGAAAAUCAGGAAAAGAAAACUGUACCAACGAAAACGCGAGUAAUCUGAUGAGUGCCGAGAAACCCGACGUUAUCAACCAUUCCAGGAAAAAUAGUCAAGAUAUAUUAAUAGACGAAAGUACUAUGACCGAUCAAACGAUGCUACAAAAUGACCAAUUGGAUACGGGAAAGACUGAUAGUACUAUAGCAGUUAAGGAAAUGAAGGUAAGCGUUUAAAUAAUGGCGCCCAAGUGUAAGAGCUGUGUAAAAGGUAUUUAAUUAAGUAAAGUUCACCUCGUUGGCUUAUACAAGAGAAUACGUCGUGUUUUUAUUCAGAUUAUUUAAAGUAAGGUUGUGUUUUUAAUUGCUGUGCUAAUGUAGAUUUUUUAAGAGGAUUUUUAGCUUGUAACCUCAAUACUGAUCGAUGGUCAAGACUAUUUUUCUUUAAGGUUUUUCGAGCCAUUUUUGUGACAUGGUGUAAUAUGUAAUAAAGAAGUUCUCAAACGUAACAAAUUUAAUGAAAAUUCACUUUUUUUAAACACUUUAAUAUAAAAAGAAUUUCAAAUUUAAUUAAGCGAAGAAAAUCUCCCAGGCAUUUCCAUUAACAAACAGUACGAUAUUUUGGAAGUAGUAAUCAGGCCACUGAAGUUCUCCAGGUUAAUUAUUUUUGUACAAAAGCUAAAAAAGGACGAGGUUAUUUGAUAAAUAAACGUCCAAAGAAUAACAGCAGCCAAGUGCGAGCAGGAAUCGUCUAACUGUUGGUUCCGUAACAUUAAAAUUGGUCACUCAUCGAAUUUGUGACCCGUGGCAAUGGAUGCUUAAACUCAAUUUUUAUUUUAAUAGUUGUAGUUACAUCGGCAACAGGAAAACAUUGUCUUCGAAAAUUUAAAACUAUUUAUUUAUUAAAUGAGAUUUGUUAAGAUUAACUAUUACAUUUUAUGAGAUACGAUUUCUUGACGAACCGAAGGACAGACGGUGCUUAGCUAGCUUUCCAUUUUCACCCUCUGGGUGCGGUAAAAACCCUAAAACCUUUAAAAAUUUCAGUGGUUACAGUGGAUGAGAUAACGGAGUUAGCGUGCGACGGCUCUAGUUAACUAAGUUUUCACUACGAAAUAGCCACUGCAACUGUUUACCCUGGCUAAAAUCGUUACCAGGUAGAUUAUAACUUGAAUGACUGAACCUAGACGGGAAACCCAUUUGUUUAGUUUGCUAGUUAGUCUUUAAAGCAAUUACUAAAGUAAUUUACUGAGGCGUUUAAAUUUUGCUGCAGGAGAAAAACCUUUUUGUAUUUUUUCAAGAAGAUUUUCCUAAAAAUGCUUGAACAUUUUGUUCUUUUAAAGCAUUUUCUAUGUUCACCGAAAAGCUGUUAAUAUCAGAUACAAAUUAUGAACGAAGUAUUAUAAGAACAUUAUCCUUUAUUCAGUGUUUGUUAACUCCAGACACUUUAUGGUGCGUUGAAAUUGUAGAGUUCUAUUGAAAUAGGGUGACAUUGAUAACCUGUUUGAAAGUAUUUGAACCUUGCCUUCAAUACGAGUGUUGUGUUUUAUUUAGGGUCCCGUAGCCAAAACAAAACCCUAUUAAUUAGUCCCUUUUCUGUCAGUACUUCUGUUCGUGAGACACUCACAUGAUAGUGAAUUUGUUUAUUAUUGAUUGAAUUAGUUUAUU